AUGCCGCUGUUGCCAGGGGAGACGAAUGCGUCCGACAGGUACAGGAGCGGCCUGGCGCCGCUGGAGGAUGUAGCAGAUGGCGUGAAGAGAUGGGCUGCAUCUACGCAGAGAAGCAUCGAGCAGUCAUGGAGGGAUCUGAGGGAGAGCGUAGCGGGAGGAGGACAGCAGCCUCAGGAGAGCCUGCGCAUGGCCGGCAUCCCCAUCAUGCCUCAUGUUGUACCUUUCCGGGCCAGCGCGAUGGACGACCCGAGGAUAUGGCAGAGUGUGCUUCAGAGUACGGUGCAGACAGCUCCAGCUGUCAUGCACAUCGGGGAUCCGCUCAAGGCUUGUCCGGCAACCCUCCUGUUGAUCGCUGGGCAUGCGUAUGUAUACGGGCAGACGCUGCCCUACAGGGUAUGGGGGUUUCACCAUCGAGCGAUCACGGAGUAUGGUGAGAUGUACCGGCUGAUAUCUCCUUCGUUCCUGCAUCGAGAUCUGCUCCACAUGAUCAACGACAUGUCCAACUUCUUCCUGCAAGGCCUUCUGCUUGAGAAGGGAGAAGGUUGGAGGUUUCUGGCCCAGACCAUGGCGGUGUGUGUGUCCGCCAACGUGCUGAGGAUCUUCUCUGCUGUUGGAAAGAUGAGCUCCAUGUUGGGUGGCCUCGGUUUCGGUGGUGUGUGCGCAGCGUUGCAGGUAGUAUCAUCCUACGAUGCAAGCUCUCGCUAUCGGCUGAUGUUCGAGCUGCCGGGCAAGAGGAGGAGGGCGAGGAAGUCUCAAUUCUCGCUCGCGCACGGCUACGGGGAGCUGGAGAGGAUGCAGCGACAGAUCGUUGCUAGCGAUUUCGACCUGCAGAUAUGUGGCAUCCUGUCUGGGCUGGGAUGGGUUUGGAUCCCAAGGAUGUUUCCCACCCUGAGAAGGUGA